AUGUGCUCAACCGAUAUUUUUCUCGGUCUUCUGGCCGUCCUCUUCCCGCCAUUGCCAGUCUGGGUAAAGCGCGGUCUCUGCUCUGCCGAUUCAAUCAUCAACAUCCUCCUCUUCAUCCUCGGCUAUAUCCCCGGCCUCCUCCACGCUUGGUACAUAAUCGCGAAAUACCCCGAGCCGCCCUACGACUACGACUACGAGGCGGUCCCGGGUGCAGAGCAAGGGCGCAUCUACGUGUUUGUUGCCGGCCAACCGCCGCAGCAGCAGCAGGGCUUCGCCCAGCCAAAGCCCGGGGCGCAGAGUCCCAUGAACUACGGCACGACUUCCUCUCAGGGCGGGUCCGCCUCGGCAAGCGCAGCAGCACCAUCCCAGCACUACCAGCAGCAGCAGCAAGAGCAGGGCACUACCAACGCUGCUGAGGCAGGGCCCAGCGACGGUGGGGCUCCUCCGCCGAGCUACGCACAGGUCGUGGCCGGCGACCAUAAGGUUCAGACGCAGGACUAA